UUUACCUGUUUUAAUUUUUUGUAAAUAAAAAUAAAGUACACAAUUUGAGUUUUUCCUUCUAAAAAUCCAAUUAUUAAUUUUUAAAUGUUUUUGUAAGGAUUACAACAGAAAAAUAUAUGGCCGAGCAAUAUAAGUUAAUUUACCCCGUGAAAUAUUACCGCGAUUACCUUAUCAACGACAUAAGACCAGACGGAAGAGAAUUUGAUAAAUUUCGUCCAAUUGCUUUAAAUAUCGGUUCAAUUAACACUGCUGAUGGAUCAGCAAUUGUAAAAAUUGGUAACACAAACAUUGUUUGCGGAAUUCGAGCUGAGUUGGCUAAACCAAAAGCUGAAACUCCAGAAAGCGGGUUUUUAGUGCCUAGUAUUGAAUUACCUCCUAUAUGUUCAAAAAAAUAUCGUGAAAAUGAUUCAAGUUUUAAAAUAGCGAAUAAAGAUGCUGAUGUUUUAACUUGUACUCUUUAUGAUAUAUUAACAAAUGCAAGAUGUGUCGAUUUGAAAGAGUUGUGUAUCUGUAAAGAACGUUUAGUAUGGGCAAUAUAUUUGGAUAUAGUUUGUUUAAAUCAUGAUGGCUGUGUCUUAGAUACGGCUUUAGUAGCUGCUUUGGCUGCUUUAAAAAAUUUAACUCUACCCAAAAUUGACUAUGAUGCCGAUAUUAACAGCAUUUCUGUAAACGUCGAGGAAAGAAGUAAAAUUAAAAUAAAUUCUCUUCCUGUUGCUACAACUCUUAUGGUGUUUGAUGACAAUAUUAUUGUAACUGAUCCUACUUCGGAAGAGGAAGAUUUGUCCAGUACAAUGAUAACAAUUGCAAUAUGCAAUUCCGAUGUUUGUUUUGUUUUUAAACCAGGCGGUACACCAUUUAGUCAAAACCAGAUGGAGAUUUGUACAAAUAGAGCGUUAGCAAGAGAAAGUUAUAUUUUAGAAUUAUUAAAUAAUGCUAAGGCUGGUAAUUUGAAUUUAAAAGAAUAAUAAAAAGUAUUCGAAAAUAUUUUU